GACGGGAUUCCGGUCUCCACGCACUCGAUGAGGACUGCCUGCUGCAUCAUUGCCUUUUCGAUGUGAUAUAGUGACUCGAUCUUCUGACAUCGCCGCGCUGCUGGCGGGGAGGACGCAAAUGCAGAGCAGAGUCAAAUGAAGCCGAUUCCUGGGUGCCCAGCCCGUGCUCGCAGCCUGCGCCCCGACUCGAAACCGAUUGGAAGUCAAACUGCAGGAACUGACACAUCUCAGGAGAGCCGAAAUGGAUUCCACCGGGCCAGGCUCCGGCAGGGAGGACGGAGCCCGGUCGACUGAUGGAUCUCAGCGGAGUCGGACGCGGGCCGGCACCGGAGCCGCCUUCGAUGAGCCCGAUGCCAGGCGUAGCAUCCUCUGGGAACCAAACAUCCCCGAAAAAUUGGACUGCUACGUUGAAGCGCUAGACAAGCAAUCCCGGGGUUUCGCCGUCAUAUUCCACCACGAGAAAUUCGACGGCAGUCGCCUCCCUGCCCGCCCGGAGGUGAGGAAGGACGUGGAGAACUUGACGCGCGUUUUCGUGGCGAGGGGAUUCACGGUCAAAGCAUUCAAGGACCUCCGCUACGAGAGCAUCAAGAAGGAAUUGAUCGACAUUGCCGGCUCGAAAGAACUCAAAGUUGCUUGCUCGAAAGAACUCAAAGAUCAUGACUGCUUCAUUUUGUGCUUUCUAUCUCACGGGAAAGAAGGCCGCCUUUAUGCCAAGGAUAAAUCCUUCGACGAGAAGAAACUUUGGAAUAGAUUCUACGACUGUGAAGCUCUCGUCGGGAAACCGAAGCUUUUCUUCAUUCAGGCAUGCAGGGGAAACUAUUACGACGACGGCAUGAGGGGAAAUGCAAUCAGUACUGACAGCUCACGGAUUGACACACUCGACCACGACGGGUGGGAAGGCGAUGAAGACGUCAAGGGCGAGUACCACCUCCCUACCCACGCCAACGUCCUCAUCGCCCACGCGACCUACGAAGGACACGUUGCGUGGAAAAGCGAGAACGUGGGGUCGUACUUUGUCUACACCGUGUGCAAGGUCUUGGAGAAGCACUCCGAGACUAUGGACGUGAUGACGAUGCUCACGAUUGCGGCGGGCGUCAUGGCCGAGGACUUCAUGUCCGUGAGCGACGAUCUACAAAAACACGAAAAGAAGCAAAUGCCAACCAUUCGAAGCACGCUCACCAGAAAAUUGUACCUCAAACCUAAGCCGCAACCUUAACGGUUUCGGUCUAGUCUUCUUACUGAGUCACCUUAUGAGCUACCCUAUCCUUCCUUAUUUUUUUUUCUUCUUCCCGCUUCAAUCAUGCUACCUCGAUUUCAGUUUCUUCUUCUGAGGAUGAUGUCAUAACUAUAGUAAAUAAAAUGGAAGACACCGGAAC